UUGUCUGGUAGCGCGGUCUCCGCUAAUCUCUAUAAGUAUCUUCGGAGUUACGAUUGGCUCACUUUUCGUCAAUUUAGCAAUCCAGCUGCGUUUUCGUCUCAGCUAUUAAUCAAUUCAAUUCAGAGCUUUCCUAUGCUGAAUCGCGAUCGCACUUGACACUCAGUCGCGACCUGACUGCUCCCUCGGCAACUCGUGUCUUGUGUGUGUGAUUCGGUGUCCGAAACAAUUGGUGUUGUGCCCAAGUUCAUGACGGCUCUGGUGUAAUUGGUACAAUCGACAUGUCUAAAAUCAAGACAAUGUUAAAAAUCGGGGGCGGCGCGGUGCUGUUCGCAGCAAUAGUGGCCGUGUUUGUGGUCGCCACGCAAGGCCGCGAUCCAGACUUGGAGGCUUUGGAGCUAGAAGGUCGCGAGUACAUUCUACACCUUGACAAGAUGGCUGGCAACAGGAAGAACCGAGCUUCCCUUGCAGAGUGGGCUUAUACAUCCAAUAUCACUAAGGAAAACGAGGAGAAACGGAUACAAGUCCAAUUAGAGAUAUCUCAACAAGAAAAACAGGCUUGGGAAGAGACUAAAAUGUAUAGAUGGCAAGAUUUUCAAGACUUCUCAUUGCGAAGAAUGUUCAAAAAAUAUAGCCAAUUGGGAGUCGCCGCUUUACCGAAUGAUAAAUAUAAGCAACUUAUGUUAUCGAUAUCAGGAAUGGAGUCUAAUUAUGCCACAGCUAAAAUCUGUUCUUAUAAAAAUGCUACCAAAUGCGAUUUAUCUUUGGAGCCUGAUUUAACCGAAAUAUUUGCAAAAAGUCAAGACCCAGAAGAACUGAAAUAUUACUGGGUUGAAUGGCAUAAGGCUGCUGGUGCCCGAGCUCGCCAAAACUUCACAGAAUACGUACAAUUGGAUAAUGAAGCAGCCAAAUUAAACAAUUUCAAUGAUGUCGCUGAAUGGUGGCAAUCAGAAUAUGAAGUGCCAGAUUUUGAGCAACAGUUAGCAAAAUUGUGGGAAGAUGUGAAACCCUUGUACCAGCAGCUUCACGCAUAUGUGAGGAAACGUCUUAGGGAUAAGUAUGGAGAUGAAGUUGUGUCAGCAAAAGGUCCUAUUCCAGCGCAUCUUUUAGGUAACAUGUGGGCGCAAACCUGGAGCAACAUUGAAUCUUUCACUCGUCCAUACCCAGACAAGAAAGAGAUAGAUGUGACCCAAGCGAUGCAAGAACAAAACUACACGGCGUUGAAAAUGUUCCAAAUGUCUGACGAAUUCUUCAGGUCACUUAAUUUGACGGCAAUGCCCGAAAAGUUCUGGAAGAAUUCGAUUAUUGAGAAACCGGCGGACAGGGAAAUUGUUUGCCACGCGUCGGCUUGGGACUUUUAUGAUGGCGAAGAUUUUAGGAUCAAACAGUGUACGACAAUAGACUAUGAAUAUUUUCAAACAACACACCACGAAAUGGGACACGUACAAUACUUCCUACAGUAUAAACAUCAGCCGGUCGUGUUCCGCGACGGAGCUAAUCCAGGUUUUCACGAAGCGGUAGGUGAUACAAUCGCUUUGUCUGUAUCGUCGCCCAAACAUUUGCGACGCGUUGGUUUGACCAGUGGCGAUGCUGAAGAUGAACAGACUGAAAUUAAUCAGCUUUAUAAAAUGGGCAUCGACAAGAUUGUGUUCCUACCCUUCGCAUAUACCCUCGAUCUGUUCCGCUACGGCGUGUUCCGCGGAAGCACCGCGCCGGAAGACUACAACUGCCACUACUGGCGGCUGCGCGAGGAGUUGCAAGGAGUGGAGCCGCCGGUGGACAGGACCGAGGAGGACUUCGACGCCGCUGCUAAAUACCACGUGUCCGCUGAUGUGGAAUAUGCUAGAUACUACGUGUCAUUUAUAAUCCAGUUCCAAUUCCACCGCGCGCUGUGUCAGAUAGCUGGCGAGUACGUGCCGGAGGACCUGACGAAGAAGCUCGUGGACUGCGACAUCUACCAGAGCAUUGCUGCCGGCAACGCGCUGUCCAACAUGCUGAAGAUGGGCUCGUCGCGGGCGUGGCCGGACGCGAUGGAGGCGCUGACGGGGCAGCGCGCGAUGCGCGCGGACGGCCUGCUAGAAUACUUCCGCCCGCUGCACGACUGGCUGCGCGCCGAGAACGCGCGCACCGGCGAGCACGUGGGCUGGCAGCCGAGCCGCACGCAAUACUGUACCGAAGAACAAAAGGCCGCGUUAAACACAGAAUCAAAGUCGGAGGCUGCCCCCGCGCAGCAGUCCUUGAUCGGUCCAAUGAUGUUGAAAAUCAUCGGUGAGCUGGCCCUUUUAGGGGCAAUAGCCUCAGUGUUCAUAGUCGCAGCACAAGGCCGCGCACAGGAGAGAGCCGCUGAGGAAAACUCUGGAAGAGAGUAUAUGAGAUCUCUUGAUGAGAUUAUGGGUAAAGCUAAAAAUAAACUUACUUUAGCUUCAUGGGCAUAUGAGUCAAAUAUCACCACAUACAAUGAAGACAAAUACUUACAAACAUCUCUACAAAUUGCCGAAGAAGAGAAAGAAUAUUGGAAAGAAACAAUGACCUAUCUAUGGCAUGAGUUUUACGAUGAAGACCUAAAAAGAAUGUUCAAGAAGUAUUCAAUAUUGGGGACCUCAGCGCUACCCGAGGACCUGAAUCAAAGACUCAUACAAGCAAUAAAUAAUAUGAAGGCAACAUACGCAAAAGCAACUAUUUGUGACUUUAAGGAUCCAAACAAAUGCGAUUUAACCAUUGAACCAAGUGUCACAAAUAUAUUCGCAAAGAGUCAGGACGCAGAUGAAUUGAAACAUGCAUGGCUAGAAUGGCACAAAGCAGCAGGGGCAGCGUCUAAAGGCAAUUUCACAGAAUACGUUCAGAUGUACAAUGAAGCCGCAAAAUUAAAUGGAUUUGAUAACGUAGCGCAGUGGUGGUUAAGCGAAUAUGAAACUCAAGACAUUGAAGAUCAAUUAGCAAAUCUUUGGUCGCAAGUUAAGCCCCUGUACCAACAAAUACACGCUUAUGUUAGGAGACAUUUGAGAGAGAAAUAUGGUGAAGAUGUUGUGCCCGCAAGGGGUCCUAUUCCUGCGCAUUUAUUGGGAAAUAUCUGGGCACAGACAUGGAAUAACAUAGAGCAGUUCACAAAACCUUUCCCCGACAAGCUAGACAUUGAUGUGACGGAUGCUUUAGUUCAACAGAACUAUACGGCAUUGAAGUUUUUCAAAACGGCUGAAGACUUUUUUAAGUCUCUCAAUUUGAGUGGUAUGCCAGAUUUAUUCUGGGAGCGAUCAAUAAUCGAAAAGCCCACUGAUGGUCGAGACAUGGUUUGUCACGCUUCCGCCUGGGAUUUCUUCGAUCGUGAAGACUUUAGAAUUAAGCAAUGCACAUCAAUUACCAGUGACUUCUUUACCACGACGCACCAUGAAAUGGGUCAUAUUCAAUAUUAUUUGCAAUACAAAGACCAGCCCGUUAUUUAUAGGCAAGGAGCGAAUCCUGGAUUCCAUGAAGCUGUAGGUGAUGUGAUCGCUCUGUCCGUGGCAACUCCAAAACAUUUAAAACUAAUGGGCUUACUUGAAGAUGAUCCCGAAGACGUAGAAUCAAAUAUUAAUCAGCUUUACAAAAUGGGUUUGCAAAAGAUAGUGUUCCUCCCAUUCGGAUACCUUCUUGACAUUUACCGCUAUGGAGUAUUCAGAGGAGUGACAACUCCAAGAGACUACAACUGCCACUUUUGGCAGUUAAGGGAGUCUAUUCAGGGCAUUGAACCCCCAACAACUAGAACUGAAAAUGAUUUCGAUCCAGCUGCCAAAUAUCAUGUUUCCGCGGACGUUGAGUAUAUGAGAUAUUAUAUAUCUUACAUCAUACAGUUCCAAUUCCACCGGUCGAUGUGUCAGUUAGCAGGAGAGUACACUUCGGGCGAUUCAAGCAAACUAUUGUCGAACUGUGACGUAUAUAACAACACUGCCGCUGGAAAUGCAUUAAAGAAUAUGCUAAAACUUGGAUCAUCGCGACCUUGGCCAGAUGCAAUGGAGGUUCUGACUGGACAAAGAAAUAUGGAUGCUAGUGGAGUCAUGGAAUACUUCCAACCACUAUAUGAUUGGUUGAAAGAAGAGAAUGCACGUACAGGAGAAUACAUUGGAUGGGAACCCAGUACAGUCCAAUAUUGUACACAAGAACAAAGAAGCUUUAUGGAUCAAACAGGAUUUAAAAAACAGCUCUCGAAGUACCUUAAGAAUUGCGUCAACCAAACACAGUUGCCGCCGCGAGUGCAACCAAGUACCACGCACCAUUGCUCACCACCAUUAAACGCGAUAACCCAGUGCACAGUAUCUAAUAGGACAGUGAUAACAUUGUUCCUAACCCGGCCAGAAAUGGCUUGUGCGCAAACGAGAAAGAUUCUAAGCCUCUGGCUCCGAAUAACUCUGUUACCGGUCUUAAUUCUAGCUGAACCGCAACUGGAUCUUCCGCCGAUACAAGUAUCAUCUACCCAAAGAAAUCCAUAUGGAUAUGGUGUGUCUAGUACGCCAUCUAAUUUAGGAAGUAACUUUGACACGAACAGAAACUUUCAGUACAGCACCGCUCGAACUCAAAGCUCUGUAUCUGGAGGAUAUCCGUCUUCGACGCCCUUUAGUGGGAUAACCCCAGUUAUAAGCAACAAUGGUUACCCCAAUGUGAACUACGCAAACGGUCCGAGCUCCACCCUGCGUCCUUUUGACGACCGUAAUCGCGAUGAUAGAAUAGACAUUAACAGUGAUCCGAACUUUCGCCGGAAUGACCCAAAUUUUGUCAGAAACGAUCCAAAUUUUGUGGGGGCGAAUCCGUUUGAUAUAAACAGGGACCUAAAUACCAAUAGCAUCGAUAGCAGAGUCAACCAAGUGAGCUUAAAUCAGAUUCGGGAUUUCCUGAAACAAGCUGACGAGCAGGCUUCGAAGGAGUGCACGAACAAUGUGGCGGCGCAGUGGAAUUUCGAAACUGAUGUCAAUGAUGUAACUCAACAUGCUGCUUUGGAUGCACAGCAACGGUACACGCUGUUUCAGCGAGGUUUAUGGGAAGUAGCCCAGCAGCUACCCAGAGGUGGAAUAAGAGACUUCCCCACGUUUAGGCAACUGCGGUUGUUAUCUAUCAUCGGGCCAGCUGCCCUACCGCCUGACCAAUUAGACAGAUACAAUCGGAUUAUAAAUGACAUGCUGGCUGUGUACAAUACGGCAGAAAUAUGCGCAUACAACGAGCCUUUUAAAUGCGGACUCCAUUUGCAACCUGAACUCCAGUUCAUCAUGUCUCACUCCCGGGAUUGGGAUGAACUUCAGCAUGUGUGGACUGAAUGGAGAAGGAACACGGGCAGGCGGAUUAGGGACUUAUAUGAACAGCUUGUCGACUUGACCAAUCAAGCUGCGAGGUUAAAUAAUUUUACGGAUGCCUCAGCAUACUGGAUGUUUCCGUACGACUCUUUUAAUAUGAGACAAGAGGUUGAUGAAAUAUGGGAACAGGUAAAACCUCUUUACGAGCUCCUGCACGCAUACGUGCGGCGUCGCCUCCGCGAAGCGUACGGGCCAGAGCGGAUCUCUAAAUCGGCGCCAAUCCCCGCUCAUAUUCUUGGUGAUAUGUGGGGCCAGAGCUGGAACGGAAUUGUACCCUUCACCCUACCGUAUCCCGGAAAGAAACUUGUCGAUGUUACCCCAGAAAUGAUUCGUCAGGGUUUCACACCGCUAACAAUAUUCCAACUUGCUGAGGAAUUCUACGUGUCAAUGAAUAUGUCUGCGAUGCCUCAGGAUUUCUGGGCGCUAAGUGUGUUCGAGCAGCCUGCAGACCGGCAGAUCCAUUGCCAACCAUCCGCUUGGGACUUUUGUAAUAGACACGAUUACAGGAUAAAAAUGUGCACACAUCCAGACAUGAAGGAUCUCGUCACAGCUCAUCAUGAAAUGGCGCACAUACAAUAUUUCUUAUCAUACCGAAAUCUACCCAAAGUGUUCCGAGAUGGAGCGAAUCCAGGUUUCCACGAAGCGGUCGGGGAAGCAAUCGCGCUGUCAGUGUCGUCACCUCGCCAUCUCCAGACACUAGGCCUCAUCCAACGUUCUAUAGAUGACACUGCACAUGAUAUUAACUAUCUAUUCACCCAAGCUAUGGAUAAACUGGCUUUCCUACCCUUUGCCCUCGUAAUGGAUCGUUGGAGAUGGGACGUUUUUAAUGGCGAAAUACGCAAGGAACAGUACAAUUGUCAUUGGUGGAGACUGAGGGAACAAUACCAAGGAGUCAAGCCGCCAGUACUUCGUUCUGAAUUGGACUUCGAUCCCGGGUCGAAAUACCACAUCCCAGCCAACAUUCCGUACAUAAGGUAA